CUCACACUUGAGAGUAACUCCUCCACAGGUGCUUGCAUUUCCAUUUGCCUCUAAGAUACAUUGCAUAAGAGCUGCACAACCAGCCGAGGAAAGGUGUGAAAAACAACAGGAACACGAUCUGAAGCUUUUGUAAAUGAUGAUGGAAGAUGAAAAGAUUACAGUGACAGGGGAUGACUUGUUUGAUUUAUAUGAAAACGAUUCAGACUGGAACAUCUCUUAUGAAGGGGGUGAAGGGGGUGAUGUUUGCGACCUGACUGAGACUGUAAAUUUUGAAGCCGUGUUCAUACCAGUUCUGUACUCUGUGGUGUUUGUUGUUGGUCUAAUUGGGAAUGGAUUGCUGUUGGGAAUACUGGCUCGGAGUAGGAAGACCUGGAGUGUAACAGAUAUCUUCAUCCUCCACCUGGGAGUGGCAGAUAUCCUGAUGCUGGUGACGCUGCCCAUCUGGGCUGCACAGUAUGCUCAAAGUGACGGAUGGACAUUUGGUACUCCCCUGUGCAAGAUCAUUGGAAGUGUUUUUACAAUUAACUUCUACUGUGGGAUCCUUCUCCUGGCCUGCAUCAGUCUGGACCGCUACCUGUCCAUCGUCCAUGCUACUCAGAUGUACUCAAGGAAGAAGCCUUGGGUUGCUCAUGCCAGCUGCCUGAUGGUGUGGUUCUUUUCACUGCUUCUCUCUAUCAUUGACUGGAUCUUUUUAGAAGAAAUGUUUGAUGAUAGACGAGGCAGGAGAGAGUGUAUUCCCAAUUAUCAUAAAUUUGGUGAGAAGGCAAAAGAUUCUUGGAAGCUUGCGUCACGCAUGAUUUAUCUCAUAGUGGGUUUUUCACUUCCUUCAGUCAUCAUGAUAUUCUGCUACUCUCACAUCCUGGAUCAGCUGAGGUGUGGUGCCCAGAGCCUUCAAAAGCAGAGAGCUUUUAAAGUUAUUGUGGCUGUGGUGGUGGUUUUCUUUAUCUGCUGGACACCGUACAACAUCACAGUCUUAGUGGAAACGUUUAAUUUUGAUAUCAGUAAUGAAACUUGUUCAGGCACAACAUCUCUGGAGAAAGCAAAGACAGUGACCACCUGUGUGGGUUUCAUUCACUGCUCUCUCAAUCCCAUCCUGUAUGCUUUUGUGGGUGUGAAGUUCCGGCGUCAGCUUAUGAGCAUCCUCAGGUCUCUGGGUUGCAAAGUGGCAAGUGCAAAAAUCCAGUCUUUUGUCAGCAACAGGAGAAGCUCCAUGUGGUCCGAGUCUGCCGACACCUCCCACUCCCUUGCUAUCUGAGAAAGACAAAAAACAACAAAUCUGAUCAAGCUUACAAACUAAGCUAAAUGGACAUUAAGACAAAUACAUGAACAUCAUACUUUUGUAUAUCAUUGUGUUUGAUUGCUGAAACAGGCAGUGGUUAUUGUGUUGUUUUCUGUAGUUCCAUGUGACAAGACAGAAAUAAUUUUGUCAAUCUCUCACUCAUACCUGCAUUUGUUAGCAGCUAAUAAUUUUUCCUUUUUUUCUGAUUGCCGGGCAGCAUUGUAAUACAAAAAAGCCACGAGAGCAUGAGAAUUAUUAGUGUAAAGCGAUUAAUAUGUUUGAGCUUAAUGUGUUUUCAAUAGCUUGUAUUUUAUACUAUUUUUUUGUUAUACUGAUUUAUGUUUUGUGCAAAAUGUUCCAAUAUAAAAAAAAAACAAAAAACAAAAAAAUCAUAAUAAAGUCUGUUUCCAAUGAAAAAAUUCCCACAGUCCAACAGGGAAAUAGAAAUUUUGGUGAUUAUUUAAAUGUAUUUAACUGAUGUUGAAACUAUGCAGGCAACUUUGGAAACAUCUGUCAAAACCACAAACAGUUCAUUAAACAGUUGGGACCUUCC